CGGCCUCAGCCCCCACACCGGGGCAUCCCUAGGGAUCCCUUCGGCCUCAGCCCCCACGCCGGGGCUUCCCUAGGGAUCCCUUCGGCCUCGGCGCCCUGUGGCCGGAGCAGACCCACUGUGCGCUGCAGAGCCCUGCCUGGCUCAGCGCACCCAGGAACUGGUUUGUGGUGCUCGCUGCAGAGAGGAGCCUGGCCUCAAAACGGGGGCGUUUUUCCUUAAAUUACCGUGAACCUCCGUGGACGGAGCUUUCUGCCAGCGCGGGGCYGGCAGCGGCCCCCGGCCCUGCAGGGCCGCAGCGGCGUGUGCAGACAGAGGAUUUAUUCUGCGCGGUUCCUGCGGCUCCACACGUCCCCUGUCGCGCUCGUGCCCGGCUUCGCUGCUGCUGAUCAAACUCGCAGCCAGUGCGACCCGCUCUUGCUCAGAGAUCCCUGUGCACGUUCUGUUAAAUGCACCGAGGUGCAGUGAGGCUCCUGGCUUUGUUUUUGGGCUCCUCAAGGUCGGAGAAAGCAGAGCAAGUGUCUGACACAAGCAGGUCCUUGAAGCUCCGUGGCACCGUGCCAAGUGCUGCCCUGAGCAGUCUCCGUUAUCUCUGUUUUCUAGCAGGCAAAAGGAAAACGGGGUAUAAACCAAAGUUCCCUGCCUUAUCGCUUUGCCCACGCKCUGCUGCCCGUUGGCGGCGGCGCUGCCGCCUGUGUUCGCUUUGCUGUGUGCUCCCUCCUUGGUUUGCUCGCUUGCUUGUGUGUUUUCAUGGUUGCUGUGUUUGUUUGUCUUCCCCAGAGAUGACACUCCUCAUGUCCCCAAUGAGCAGCUUGGAGAAAAACAGGUUCUGCAUAUAAUUGAGAAUCUGACUUCCCUGAUAAAACAGAAUUUUCCAGGAACCAAGGUCUACGCUGCCAUGGGCAAUCACGACUUCCACCCCAAGAACCAGUUUCCAGGGAAGGAGCACAGGAUCUACAACCAGACRGCCGAGCUGUGGCGCUCCUGGCUGGACGAUACCUCCGUUCCUCUGUUCCGAGCAGGCGCUUUCUACAGUGAGAAGCUGCCCAGCCCCAGUACGAGGGGGCGGAUGGUUGUCCUCAAUACCAACCUGUACUAUGACCAGAAUAACCAGACUGCUGAGGAGGAGGAUCCUGGAGGGCAGUUCCAGUGGCUGGAAGAGACACUGAGUAAUGCCUCAAAAGCAGGAGAAAUGGUCUAUAUUGCUGGCCACAUUCCUCCUGGCUUCUUUGAGAAGAAAAGAGGCAAGCCCUGGUUCCGGAGCAGCUUCAACGCGCGGUACCUGCAGAUCGUGCAGAGGCACCACCGCGUCAUUGCUGCCCAGUUUUUUGGACACCAUCACACUGACAGCUUUCGGAUGUUUUACAGUGACACAGGUUCUCCAAUCAAYGUCAUGUUCUUAGCCCCUGGAGUGACUCCUUGGAAAACUACAUUACCUGGAGUGGUUAAUGGAGCCAACAACCCUGGGAUCCGGGUAGUUGAUUAUGAUCCAGACACCCUCCAGGUGAAGGAUAUGGUGACCUACUACUUGAACCUGAGCCGCGCCAACGCGGCGGCGGCGGCGGCCUGGGAGGAGGAGUACCGGCUGACGGCGGCGUUCCAGGUGCCCGACGGCUCGGCCCGCUCCAUGCACGCGCUGCUGGGCAGGAUAGCGGGGGACGCGCGCGAUCUGCAGCGAUACUACGGGUUUAACUCGGUCAGCUACGACCUGGGCCCGUGCGAGGAGCCCUGCCGCCUGGACCACGUCUGUGCCAUCAGGGAGGUGGAUUUUGCUCGGUACGACGCGUGCAUCAAGGGCGGCAGCUCCGCCGCGGCCCCCGGCACCGCUUUCCUCCUGCUCUCCCUGCUCUCGGCUGCCCUCGCGCCCCGGCUCGGGCUCGGAAACCAAGACCAAAUCGGAGGCUUUUAACGAACACUCCCCAGGGCUCGUGUGAACACUUGGAGCGUUGGGAAGAGCAUCUUAGUGCAAGGGGAAGGGCAGCGAAGCCAUGGAGCUUCCCCAGGCCAGUCUGACCCGCGUGAGGGAGUUUCCCUUCCUUCCCGUGCCGCUUCUGAGGGGGGUUCACAGUCCAGCAGCUCCAGGCCGGGCUGCCACCCUGGUUUUAACUUGACCUCCCAGCGCAGGA